AUGCGACUUCUAAGCAUUCACAUCUAUCGCUGGAGAGAAGAAAACCCUAUCUUAUUAGGCUCAGUCCAAGAAUUAAGCUUUUUAGGCUUCAUACAGAGAAGAGUGCUCAAAGACCUAAUCAACUUUUCCAGCAGAACUGUCUGUGGAAGGGCCAGACCAGGUGACCGAACAGCUGUUCAUCUUGAAAACAAUGCAGGGAUCUGCUAUGUGGCUAUCCACCCUUCCACCUUCGCUGUAACUGCAGUAGCUGACGUAGAAUACCCUCAAAGGGUCGUUUUUUCAAUGAUUGCAGAGUUAAUGCAACAAUUCUUGCAAUCCGGAAUCCAAUGGGAAACAAUACAAAAGGACACUGAAGUCAGAUUUCCGCCGCUUGCUGAAACUUUAAGGACGUAUCAGAACCCUAAUGAAGCUGAUAAACUCAUGAAGAUUGAGAGCGAGCUCGACCAGGUAAGGGACAUUAUGCAUAAAAACAUUGAUCAGCUAUUAAAAAGGGGAGAAACUUUGGAAAGUCUUAUGGCCAAAAGCAAUGAUUUGUCGACUGUUUCGUAUGAUUUUUAUAAGAGAGCCAAGAAAAAUAACCAAUGCUGUCAGCUUUAUUAG